CACUACAAUAAACUAAACUAAACCCCCCCACCUUCUCCCCUUUUCCUAAUCAAUUAAUUUCGUCAACCAUUUUCAUGUGAAUCCAAAUCUCCCUUUUGUUUCCUAGUGACGAUGGCCUCUUCUCAUCACCGAAAAUUCACCACCCAAAAAUACUCCACCACUGAUUGCUACUUAUGCUAUGUUUGCCCCGAAAAUUGCUACCUCCCACCACCAACACCGCCGCCGCCGGUCCAAUUUUCCGGCGACAAUCCGGCCAAAAAUCACGUGCCGACACUCCUGAUUUUGAUGCUCUGCGUGCUCGGAGUCGCAUUUCUAGUGCUAUCGUACCUCACCGCGGCCCGAUACCGGCGCCGGAGAAGCGAGGCGCCUCCGGAGCCUUCUAGAACAAGUAUCGCCGGCGAGAACCAAGGCCGGGCCGCGGUGGACCACCCGAUCUGGUACAUCCGCACGGUCGGGCUGCCCCAGUCCGCGAUCGACGCGAUGGCGUCGUUCGCGUACGCGGACGGCCUGGUGGAUGGGAGCGACUGCGCCGUCUGCCUAGCCGACUUCCGCGACGGGGAUGCGGCGCGGCUGUUGCCCAAGUGCGGCCACGCCUUCCACGUGGACUGCAUCGACACAUGGCUGCGGUCGCACAAGAGCUGCCCAGUGUGCCGCGCCCCCGUCGCCCCGGACCGGGUGCCGCCGCCGGCGGGCAAUCCGAGCCGAGCCGAGUCAGGACCAGGAUCGGCUCGCAGCGGCGGAUCGAGUCCGGCGGCGGCGGCCGAGGUCCGGGGCGUGAGGAGAUCGGUGUCGAUGGAUUUGUCGUGUGCGUCGAAUUCGAGCAUUUAUAGGGCGAUGAAGAGAUCGCAAUCGCUUCAAUUACACGGUAGAUAAUGGCUAUAGAUUUUAUUCAUCCUAAAUCUUAAUUCAAUUUGAGACUGUUUGGAUAUAUCAAUAUACGGAUUACGGAGUGUAUAUUUGUUCAUGAUUCUAUAUUCUUCCAAAACAUAUUUGGGCAGAGAAGAUGUAAAUAUUUUGAUUGGAUAUAAAGAUCUCAUUUUUUUGGCUUCGGAA